UUUUUAAAACACACACUAUAUCCAUUUUUGUUUUGUCUGCAUAAUAUUAUAUAACAUAAAUUUAACGUUUAAUUUAUUUAUAUAAUAUUAAUUUUAAGUGUGUUAAAAUAAAUAUCACAAUUCUAAAAUAUAAUUGUUUGGAAAUUUAUUUCAGUUCCAAUUAGACACCUGAGGAUUGUAAACAUUUAUGAAAAUGUGAUUCAAGCCAUAGAAAAUUUCAAAACAACAAUCACUUGCCAAACUUCUGAAGGACGACCUGCUGCAAAUAUUACAUGGAUAAAAGUAUCAAAAAGAGGAAUCAAAACGGAUCUAACACAAAAAGCGAUAAACAAUAUUUCUAGACAAAAAAACGGCAUGGAAAAGGUGCAAAGCAGCAUUGAUUUGAAUCCAUUAAAAGCGGAAAAUAAUACGCGUAUAAUUUGCCAAGCAACGAAUAAAAUAUCAAAUGUGACCAAAACGGAAGUUAUUCUGUAUGUCCAAUAUCCUCCAAGUAAACCGUAUUUUCAUUUCCUUCCACGAAACAAUUUAGCAAAAGGUGGCAAAUUACUAGCCCAUAAACUUAUUAUUGAAGAAAGAAGCAAUUUUACUGUUAUGUGUAGAUCCGAUGGUGAUCCUCCUCCGACAUGCAGAUGGAACAUUACGAAUGACAAAACGAAAUAUCCAUAUCUCACGUUUGCAAAUAUAACAAAGAAUGACAAGGGAAUAUAUAGAUGUGUUGCAGAGAAUUUUAUUCAAAGAAACUUCCCAAAAUAUGAAAGAAAGAAGAACAAGUCGACGGAUCUUGAAAUAGAUGUUCAAUAUCAAAGUAGAAUAGUCAAGUUCUAUGUAACUGAAUUUGAAAAGCUGGAUCAUUCUGAAGCAACUGAAAACGAAACGGUUUCCUUUAAUUGUAAAGUUGAUUGCAAUCCAUCUUCCUCAAUAGCAAUAUCAUUUAAGAACAAAGAAUUAGGGCAUAAUGAAUCUACACAAGGUUUGGUUCUCCCCCAUAAAGUUAUAUCUUGUUUCGACGAUGGCGAAUAUACAUGUUCAGCACAUAACAGGUACAAUAGUGAACCAUGUUUGGAAGAGUUGACAUUACGUGUUAGAUGUACACCACUACUUUCACCAGAUUUUGAUCUUAGAGCAAACAUAACGAGUACACAGAAUAUGACUGUUACUUUUUCGUUUAAAACAAUUGCUUUUCCGACACCAGAUUUUCAAUGGUUUAAAUUUAGCGGCUCUUCCUGGUAUACAUUGACGAAUAAUAGAAGAUUCCAUAUUAAAAGAAAUGGACUAUAUUCCAUUCUCACUAUCAGCAAAAUUGCUGCUGAUGAUUUCGGCAUCUACAAGCUAAGGAUAGACAAUAAAGUUGGAGUUCUUGAGCAACUGUAUUUCCUCAAGGCAAAUGAUUCCCUUACGGUAUCCACAAAACUGACGAUUGAUUUGAAGUAUUUUAUAUAUACAUUAGGGGGAAUCAUAUUCAUUGUUGCUUUAUUAGUUGGAACAUAUUUCAUUUUUAAAAGACAAAAACAACAAUGUACAAAAGCAGCUUUUGAUCAAAAUGUCUCAAUUGAGGUUCAUGAAGCUGAAAACAUAUACCAAAACAUGCCAAUAAACAGAACAAAUAAAAUGCGUGAAACUAAAUAUGUAUGUCAUUAUAAGAAGCCUGUUGUAUAUAAAAUUCAAGAAAACACAACGGAAGUGCGAGAAUCUGGAAUUUCUCUAAAUUUACAAGAGUUUGAUAAUAUCAUGUUAGAACCACCAAAAUACUGCAACACACAACACACAAUAGAUAAUCUAGAACAUAUUAAAAUAUCCGAAAUCUUAGAUUAUAUAUUGAAUCAGACGGAUGAAUCAGUUAGUGCUGAGUUUCAGAAAAUACCAACUGUUUUUCAGCUGCCCUGUUCUUCCGCACACAAUCCGAAAAACCUAUCGCAGAAUAGAUAUAGGGAUGUUGUGCCAUAUGACAAUACCAGAGUUGUAAUUGACAAUCAACCAGAAUUUUACAUAAACGCAUCAUACAUUGACGGAUACAACAUACCUAACGAAUACAUAGCUUGUCUAGGUAUUCUUUGA